AUUUGAUAAAAAUUAUUUGCUAAAGUUUAUUCAGUAUUAGAAUAGGGUAUAAUUUAAAUCCGUUUCGAAAUCUGCUUGUUUUGAAGCGGAUAGAGAAGUUCAAGAAACAAUACCACAAUUAGAACAUUCAUCUGUAGUAUUGUCUUCAACUUCGUCUUACCCAUAACUAGACCAGUCCAAAAUGGCAGCGAGUGAGGAAGAAGACGAUGACACUCACUUCUGCAUCAAAUGCCACAAGACUAUGCGAGGCUUGGACACGUACGUGGCCCACAGGAAGGCCAAGUGCAGACCUGACCGAGAGAAGAAGGCCCACGACUUCUUCUCCUCCUUGAACCUGCAGAGCAGCAGCAAAUCCUUGUGGUCUGCCAGUGCUGCCAGUGACGUCGUAGAGGACCAGGUUGAAGAGAGGAGAGAAAUUCCACCACCGGGUCAUACUGGAGGAAAAUGGAAACCGGAACCAACAGAAAUUCCAGAACAUCAGGUGAGUACACAGGUACCACCUCCAGACCACACCCGGGGUAAGUGGGGCCCGGCGGAGCGCCCAUGGGGUCAGCUGCAGAAAGGAUACUGGUGUGGACCCUGCAACAGGAGGCUCAGUUCGAGGGUUGUAUAUGAAAGGCACAUCAGGUCGGAGCUGCACUUCAAGAGGACAAACCAGUGGCCGGGGCAGGACCUUGGUCGCAGGAAGAGGGUACGGACCAGAGCCAUUCUUUCCACUUCGCUCAAAGCCAUCAACAGGAGGUACAGGAAGGAUAAGCAGCCAAAGGAGCUGAUACGAAAAAAAGGAGGCACCAUGAUGUGUGAGGUAUGCAAAUGCAAGGUUUGGCCACACCUCAUCGGCAAGCACUUGGUCUCUCAUUACCACUACAGGCACCGAAAGGCUGGCUCGGAGGCGCUGGUCUUCCAGAACAUGGACAGCGUAGUAAGGCAAGCGCCAUUCCAGUGUGGCCUCUGCAAGUUCUACACCAACACCUUCGCGGAUUUUCUUGAACAUUGGGCUUCUGACAUGCACCGUCAGGCAGAUCUCAAGUUGGAGGGCAGAUAUUGGUGCUGCAUCUGUAAGUGCAGUAGCGAUAGCUCUGUGGCCAUGGGCUUCCACUUGGAGAGCGAAGGCCACAAAGAGAUGGUAUCUGUCAUUAACAGGUCGGUCCCGAUUGUCAUCCAGAAGAGGAUUUUACUCCAGUGUGAAGUCUGCUCCAGGAGUUUCAGGUACAACAUGGAACUGAGGGCCCACGCUAGGGCAUGGGGCCAUGAACAAACGAAGAGUUCAGGAUCUGACUCCUACCAAGAAGUUACCGUCUGUGAUGAUUGCGAAUUCCGAGGACACUCCCUUCUCUCUUAUCAACGCCACCUGCGGAUGAAGCAUGGUAAGGAAAUACACUUCUGCAGGAGAUGUAAUGCCCGCUUCGAUAGCUUAGAGGAGGCGAGAAGGCACAGGAAGGAGGCGGAACAUCGAGAUGCCGGCCCCAAGGUUGAUAGGCAAUGUCCUCACUGCUUCCUCAUCGUCCGGGGACUGCUGGCUCUCAAGGAGCACCUUCAGACUGAGCAUCCUGAUCGACGACAUCGCUGCCUUCGAUGCGGUGCAGAUUUCGUCCUCAAACAGGAGCUGACGCAGCACGUCAAGAACGGACGUUGCAGCCCUAGUAUCAGCGACAGAGCCCACAAGUGCACCCAAUGUCACUUCUCGACUGAUUCGGAGGCCGAGCUUCUGCUUCACAAUAUCCUCCACCGAGAGCCAGACGAGCAGCAGCGCUAUCUGUGUUUUUACUGCGACAAGUAUUUUAAGAAAGACACUCUCCGUAAUCACGUGAAAGUACAUACAACUGAAAGGAACUUUACCUGCCAAAUUUGUGAAUUGAGCUUCAGUAGAAGGGAUGCUUUGGCUAAACACACCUCUAGAAUCCAUGAGAUGUCUCGCUGCGUUUCUUGCAGGCUUUGCGCUGCCCAGUUUGCUACAAGCAAGCACCUCAACCGUCACAUGACAAUCCACCACGAAAGGACGAAGAACUUCGCUUGUUCUGAGUGCUCCUCCAGGUUUUACAAUAAAGCCAGCUUAGAGAAGCACACCCAACGACACCAGGGCAAGAAAUACCCCUGCGACCAGGAAGGUUGCAUCUUCAAAGGUCGCUCUGAAGCAGAGCUGCGGACACACAGGGCAACGCACGGCAACGAGAGGAACUACCACUGUAGGCAUUGUCAGUACUCUGCCAAGACAAGGGCACAGCUGUUCAAGCACAUCAGGUCACAACACACCGAAGAUGGUAUGACCCUCAGCUGCCCGCACUGCGACUUUACCACAAAGAAUAGGACUCACCUCCAGAGGCAUAUCAAUCUCCACACUGGGCAAAAACCUUUUAGAUGUCCUCAUUGUUCUUUCUCAUGUUCUCUUUUAGAGAACCUGAGGAAGCACGUGAUAUCCUCGAAGUUGCACCCCGGCAAGUUCUUGUACGAAUGCCCGCACUGCGGCGACCUCAGGACGAACCUGUCGAAGGAGCUGAAGGCCCACUUGGUCUCUGCCCACGGGCGCAGCGCCCCAGAGGCCUCCGCCUACAUCGCGGGGCUCCACCGGCCCGGGGCGGAGGACUCCCAUCCCCAGGCUCUAGUACCCGUCCCGCCCAACAGGAGAAAGAAGAGCUUCGCCGCGACUGGACGAGACCAAGAAGAGGAGCAACUGCCAACCCUGGCCUCGGUGGCUUUGGGGUCGACCGAAGAGGAUGUCAUCUUCAUCGAGGUGGACGGGGGCCUCGAGAGCGUCCUCUACCAGCAGCCGGACCAUCUGGAGGCCUACCCGCCCGGCAGGGUAUAGCCCUGUCAGUCUGUAAUUAUAUAUAU